GCACGAGUGACAGAAAACGCACUGACUGACAAGUCUCCCCCCUGAAAGGAAAAAGAAAAGGCAUGUCUCCCUAGUCGCCUACCACCAGCGCGAUUUCUACCAGCCUAAUCAGCAUCCAUUGCUCUCGAUUACCAGCGUAAUCAGCAUCCACUACUCUUGAUUAUAAUCAUUGCGCCGGUUAAAUGCAGGUGGAUGACUUGGAGGCAUCGUCGGCGAUACGGAUGAACACUCUUCACGUUGUCUGAGUGAGCGUUAGUCCAUCUGUCUGUUCUUCCCUGCGCGCGAUCAGCAUGUGUGUACACUCUCUGCGCGACGGCCCUGAUGAGCGUGAACUCUCGAUCUGCCGUGCAGAAGAAGGCUUUCCCAACGGCCGACGUAAGGAAAUCACAGAAUCGCAGACUGAUAGUUGUGGCUUGAGACAUGUAACUGGCCAAUCAAGCCAACGCGAUGCACUCAUAGCCAGCUGAGACGAUGGAAGACAUUAGGCGUAGAACAUUGGAUUCAGGAAAUUUUCUGCAAUUCUUUUGAGGCUCUCAGACACGCGAAUUUUCUUUCUACGCUGCUUUUGUGGCGCUUAGAUGCGCAGACCGCGCCAUUUUCGUUUGGGCUUUGUACAAGUAGGAUGUGCAGCAGCGGUCAUGAUGACGACAUUGUUGAGGGAGCAGCGAGCGAAGGAAGAAGGAGAGCGGGACGGCCAAGAGAAGGAGAGCGGGAGACGGGGAUUGGAGAUGGUUGUUGUUUGAUGUGAAUUUGCAUGUUGCAAGUACAACUAGGAUGUGCAGCAGUGACCAUGAUGAAGACAUUGUAAAGGGAGCAGCGAGCGAAGGAAGAAGGAGAGGAGUCGUUGGGGAUUGGAGAGAUGGUUGUUGUAUGGUGUGAAUUUGCAACUAGGAUGUGCAGCAGUGGCCAUGAUGACGACAUUGUUAAGGGAGCGGCGAGCGAAGGAAGAGGGACAGCAGGAAGGCCAAGAGGAGGAGAGCGGGAAACGAGAAUUGGAGAUGGUUUCGAAAUGUCUUUUUGGAAUGAUGGUGGGGGUCGCAGCUCAGUGACUCAGCAGUUCAACGACCGCGUUGCGAAGCUGUUUGGCGUGCUUGAGAAUUCCAGCACUCUCCAGGGUAUGAAGGCAGCAGUGGGUGAGGAUGGAGCAAAGGAAGCGACAACACGAGCAGAGGACAUCGACAGAGGAGGGGGAGGUGCAGAGAACCCACCUCCCCCUGCGUUUACUCAACAACAUUCUUCCAAGUGGCUCGUUUCGGGUAGUGUUGCACGUAGGAGAACUGUGAGGGAAGAGUGUGAUGAGGAUCCAGAUGAUGAUCAGUACAUCUGUCGUCACCGUCCGUUAGAUGAUGAUGAUCAUGAUGAUGAUGAUGAUGGAGCAGAAGACGGUGAUGAUGAUGGAGGAGGAGAAGAUGGUGCUGAUGACGAUGGAGGAGCAAAAGGAGAUGGAGGUUAUGUGUUCAGGCGUCGAAAGAGGGGUGUUGAGUGCAGCGGAGAUGUUGAGAAUGAAGGUGAUGAUGAUAAGGAAGACGAAGAAGGUCGUAUGCGUGCGAUGAUGGGGAGGGAUCGCACGCUGGAUUUUGAGGAGGAGGAAGAUGAGUAUGAUAAGUAUGCCACGGGGAGACAAGACGGUGAUCACGCCGGCUUCUGGUUGACGAGGACGAAACAGAUUUGCGACGGUAGGGAGCAAUUUGCAGGUAGGGGAAACUCACUAUGGAUUGACGCCAUUGCGCCUCUACCUACUACCCUAGCAGAGCUGAAGAACUCCCGGCGGGACAUGAGGGCGGAUGCCUCAGCUGCUGCGGCAAGGCUAGAGGAGGAUGACAAGGAGAUGGAAGAGUUGGAGCUGCAGCUGCGAGAGGAAAGUCGGAGAGAAGAGAACCGUCAGAGUCGCAAGGAAAAGGGGGAGGUGGAGGGUAUGCAUGAUGAGCAGGAAGAGGAAGCUGUGGCUAUGGAGGACGAGGAGGCGGACAACAAGGUGGUUGUUAAGAUGGCGGGCUUCGCAUCCUGGGUUGGAGAGGAAAACAAGGAGAUGGAGAAGAAGGAAGUGGAAUGGCGAGAAGAAAGCAAGAUGGAAGUAAAUGAGGCGGGAGAAAAGGAGGGUGAACGUCAGUCUUCUGAUGGGUCUGGGGAGAAAUGUGAGGAGAUGGCACAGGAUGAGAUGAAGAAUGCUGCUGAUGAGGAAGCAAAAGAGGGAGGAAGGGACGCCGCGAUGACUGAAUGCAGCACUGGAGGGAAUAUACACAGAGAGGUCAAGUGUAUGGCGACUGGGGAGGAGGGGGUGACGAGAGGUGUAGGGGAAACAAUGGGUCCGCUUGUCGGCCAGACUAGGGGAAUGGAACUGAGUGGCAGAGCAAUCAGUAAUGAUGCAGAAGGGAUGGACAAGGAAGAAAUAGGAGGUGGUAGAACAAUGGAGAUUCCAACAGCCGUCGCAGAGAUCCAGACAGCUCAAGCGGCGACUGCGAUGGUGGGCGGGGAGAGGACAGAUGAAGGACAAACUUGUCCACGAGAUGGAGAUACUGAUGGUGUCCUCGGUCAUUCGGGAGGAAAGUCGGCUGAAGAAUGCAAUGGUGAAGGAAUGAAGAAGAAGAAGAAGAAGAGAGUGAGAUUCUUAUUGGCCGAGGAAAAAGGAGAUGGAAAGGACGAGGAUGACGUCAACUUGGUGUCAACAGGAAAUCCAGAGGAGGAAAAGAUGAAGAAGAGGUCUAGGUCAGUGAUAGUCCUUGCUGGUGAAGGCACUGGAUGUGAACGCGAAGAAGUGAUGUCCACUGCUCGCCGUGAUUGGAUGGCUACUUCUUCUUCUUUGUCUUCGUCUUCGUCUUUGCCGUCUUCCUCUGCAUCUACCUCUGGUUCUGCUUCUCCUUGUCAUUCCUUGUCCUGCUUCGCGCCUCCGUCCUCUACUGGUUAUGACUGGCGGUCGAGUAUCAAGGGUGCAGCUCGUCGGUUUGAGGAGUCGUUGACUCGAUCCAUGAACGAGCUGUUUAGUCGAAGACGCAGGGUGCCAGAUCACGUCCGCAAUCCGCACAAGUACACACACUAUUCGCUGGACUGGUCGGAUGAAGACGACGAAGAAAAGGAAAGGAAGAGGAACCUCUCUGCACUGAAGGACGCAAGAGACAUGGUGUCGCAGAAAAGAUCAGAUGAGGUGAAGCAGGAGAGGUAUAGGGGAGGUUUUGCUGUUGUGGGCGGAGAAGUCAGUGGUGGCAGCGGAGGAAAGACAAUGCCCAAGGACGAGCAAGAGGAGGGUAGUCGUGGGGUUUUUCCACCAGGUUCGAUAAAAUUCGUUCCACGGAAAGUGGAGCGGCAGAGAACUGUUGCCCUAGCCAGGACUAAGAGGAAGACCUCUUGCUCUCAGGCGAGGGAGAUUGACGAAGAUGUACGGAUGACAGAUUGUGGCUCGGAGGAAUGCCGGGUAGAGCUGGAGCAGCAGCAGCAGGAGGAGCAGCAGCACCAGCAGCAGGAAGAAUGGGUAGAUGAUACUAAGAAGGGACUCUGCGUAUCUGUUGCCCAAGAUGCGAUGGAUGAUGGGAAAGGAUAUAACAAGGACGCUGUGUGCGGCAGCGGUGGGGAGUUCUUGCCUGUGGGCAUUGCUGCAGGAGCUGUGGUGGAGGAGAUUCCUAAUGGGGAAGGAGCUGUGGAUGGCGUUCAAAUUGUUGAGAGCAGCAGCAUGGGGAAGGAAGAGAAGGCCAACAUUGUGGAAGACCUGGUGGGAGAAUUGCGCGAUCGAGGGAGACCUAAGUCUAGGUCGUCAAGGAACUACCGCUCUAGGAAGAGUGCGGAAGAAGAUGGUAUCGACGACGGACGCUCUUGACGUGCCGGAUGCCGACUACAUACGGGUAAAGGGCAGCAGACAGAUAGGUAGGGGAUGUUGUGUGCAGGAGAAGACGUAAACCCACCACAAAUAUAAGGUUCUACAGACAGGAAAAGCAACCUUUUUAGGAGUGGAUUUUGGGCUAAGAUCAGGUUAGCAGCCCCAAAUCCACUCCUCUAAAAGUUGAUUUUCCUGUCAGACUCUGUCGAACAUGAUAUUUACGAUGGCUUUACCUCAGAGUCUCCUCCUGCAGACAGCAUCCAACACUCUGAAGACUUGUUCGUCCAGGCAAUGGCACCUCAGAGUCUCCUCCUGUUUUGGGAGAGGGAUAAAGGCUCCUUCCUUCCCCCACUCAGUCACUUUGCCUGCCACUUAGGUAAAUGUAAAUAUACGUGGGAGUUGGGGUGUUUUGAUCACUUGAACAAUGGUUUGACGUCGUGAACGAGUCUGGUAUCAGGGGAUAGACGAGUAAAGGGUCCAUGAGUUG